AUGCCGCCCACCGCAGCCCGGCGGCACCGAUCAAGGUCUUCGGUCGAUUCGCUCCUGGAGCUCGUCCACGGACUAGACGACCAUGACGUGCACCGCCUGUUGGCCGACCUGAAUAACACGUCCGAAGGGAACGUGGCCGUGGCAAAGGCACUCGACAUUUUCCAAAAACCUAGCUCGCCAAAGUUCGAGUUUGGACCGAGACACGUCAGCAACCCAUCGCCAACCUUGCUCGUAGCUCGCUCUCGCCGCCUGGCCGCCGAAAACAACAGGGGCUACAAUAACAAUAACCACUAUACCCAUUUGCGCCUGCACCAUGCAACGACCUCGCCUGCUUCAAAAACACAAACAGCACCAGCCGAUGGCUGCGGUCCAAAUUUUGGGGCCACCUUUGGCAAGCGCAUAUCCUCGGCACCGCUUCUAGACAGAGAGCGUGCAUUGCCUCCGCGACAGAGCCCGACGACAUGCGAAACAGUUGCGGAAAGCCAAACGACCAAUAUUUCCGUACCAAGCCGUGGCAGGCCUCCAUCAACUCCCCCCAACAUACAUUCUCCUCGCACCGAAACACGCUCGCCGGGUUCACCCUUGCGUGCAUCACAAACCCCGUGUCUUUUCGCGCCCGCGGCGCCGCCUCCUCCUGUCCAGGCUCCCGCAUUAUCACCGCCGCCACCACCGCGGGCGUCAUCCCAAGGGCGUCGGGCGUACAAGCGCAUCAGCCGUCCGAAAUUCCACCUGCCGUUCUCUGCGGCAGCGAACAACACCACCCAGACGUCAUUGCACGUGCCCACGCUAGCAUUUCCCGGCGAUGGCAGCCGGGAUCAGGACGAGGACGAGGAGCACGGCAAGCAACCCGAUCUUCGCGCACUGCUCCUGGCAGCAUACACCUUGGGGGAUGGCUGCAACCUGCCCGUGCCGCAGUCACCACAGUCGUCGCCGUUGAGGGGUCCGCGGUCCAUGGUCAACUUGCGAUCGCUGCGGCAGCAACAGGAGCAGGACGAUGAGUUCUGGUUCGAUGGCAGGAGGCCGACCACGCCGGACAACAUGCUGCUCGAACCCCUGCCGCGUUUUGGUGUGGCGGUGCCAACUGCCAGGAUGGAUCCUUGGCGGAUGGACAGUCUUUCUGCGAUUUUGAACGAAGCUUAG